AGGAAUAACUGGAAAUAACCUCAUAUCCCAUCCAAAGAGUUACGAUGCUUUUGGUUUCGCGGGGUUACAACUAUUUAUAAAACCAGCUAUUCGAUCGUGUGCCAUUUACGAUGGUUGAAUAUACAUGACCGACGUAAAAUGCAAGAUAAUUUAUUGCUGUGUCUCUCAGCAUUUAAUCAACAGUUCAUCGAGGAAUUACGGAUACCGUGAUGAAAUGUAUAUUUUCGUGAAACCAGUGGACCCAUUGUAGUUGACAAAUUCUCUAACGAAUUAAACUAUGGCUCUUUUAGGAGCUCAAUUGGUCAUUACUCUUAUCAUGGUUAGUGUCAUCCAGAAAUUAACUCCACAUUUUUCCUUGGCAAGGUGGAUGUUGUGCUCUACCGGUUUGGUGCGUUAUUUAUAUCCGACUGAUCAACAACUGAAGACUCUCGUAGGCGUGCCUAAAGAAAAACCGAGGAAAAACAAACACAUGGAAAAUGGAAAAGUUGGAGAUACAUUUUAUGUUCCUAGAAAUUUGGAUAUUACGCUAGAAAGUGCUAAGAUAACUACAUUAGAUGUUGUGCAUUUAAAAUAUUAUACAGAGUACCAGUGGUUAUUGGAUUUUUCUAUUUAUGCUGCUGCUGUUUAUAUAAUGACAGAGGUGUACAAUCACUUUUAUCCGAUCAAAGAUGAGAUUAAUCUAAGUAUGCUUUGGUGCUCGUUGGUUCUAGGUUUUGCAUUCAAAGUGCUGCUUUCUUUGUGGAUACAAUAUUUCACAGGAGAGGAGAGUACAGGCGAGAGGUCUACGUGUAUCGUUACCGGAUUUGCAUAUCUCCUCAUAGCUAUGAUAAUUCUUAUAGUUGAUGAAAACAACCUUGAAAUUGGAUUGGACAAAGCCUAUGUUAGCUUCAAUCAUAGUGCAUCCUUGUUUUUAGACAAUCAAGGUCUUUCCUCUACAGGUCCUGCAUCAAAAAUUGUUGUAAAGUUCUUCCUUGCCUUAUGGUGUGGUUUGCUCGGUUCUUUCUUUAUUUUCCCAGGAUUGAGAGUAUCUAAAAUGCAUUGGGAUGCAUUGAGAUAUUAUAAAAAUCAAAAGCUACUAGUAUUAAUAGCAAAUAUUAGUUAUGCCUCUCCGCUUCUGUUGGUGAGUUUAUGGAUUAAGCCCAUAAGCAGAGAUUACCUCACAGUUCGAAUAUUUACUGGUAUGAAUGGGCCAUUAAUGACGUCCUCAGCUUUCGAGAGCAUGAGGUUAAUUGCAAUCGUUGUUGCAGUUUUAUUAAAAUUCGUAUUGAUGCCAAUGUACUUGCAAUCGUAUCUUAAUUUAGCUGUGCAACGAUUAGAGACUCAAAAGAAAGAAGCUGGUAGAAUAAAAAAUGUUGAAUUACAGAAAAAGAUUGCAGCAGUGUUUUAUUAUUUAUGCGUUGUAGCGUUGCAAUUCAUCGUUCCAAUUAUUAUAUGUUUAUUUUUCACAUUUAUGUACAAAACAUUAGGUGGUUAUACUUGGGAAGGACUUUUAAAAGGGACAGCAGUUGAAGAGUGUCCAGCCAAUGAACUGCCUAAAUCUGUGCUGACUAUAAUGAAUAACAACGAUAACGAAAGGACUGUCGUGCAAACAGCUCAAGAUUUUCAACUUGCGUUGGGUUCCUUGAAACAGAUAUUUACUACAGACGUAUACAGAGGUUUAUUAGGUUUAGCAACGUGGUGGAGUUGUUUUGCGUUGUUUGCAACCACUGCUAUGGGUAUGUUUUAUCAAUCAUACUUCUCUAGUAUGUAAAAGGAUACUAUGAAGGGGAACAUUCAAUGUCAUUGCGCACAAAUUUACGUCGUAUUUCACAAUUGAUUUGUCGAUGUUGAAACCAUUGGACUACUUAUUUUUAAAAAGUACCUACGUCAUGGUAUGCACAAUACUGGUGGUUGUCUAAGAGGGGUGUCCAUACUAAUCUAAAACAUUUUUAAAACGUAUAGCAAUAAAAGCGUCCACGACUGUAAUACGAAUAAAUGCUAUUUCGAAAUGGAGGCUUAAAUUGAACAACUGCAACGUCUUUUUUAUUACGUAUUGUAUAUAAUGUUGUUUAAUGUUCAUA